CGCUGACCGAGCGCAGCGGCCGGGCCGGCGGGCGGGCGGGCGGGCGGCUGUGAGCAUGGUCCUGGUGCUGCACCACAUCCUCAUCGCUGUUGUUCAAUUCCUCAGGCGGGGCCAGCAGGUCUUCCUCAAGCCGGACGAGCCGCCGCCGCCGCCGCCGCAGCCAUGCGCCGACAGCCUGCAGCCAGCCGGGACCUCCUUGCCCAGGAGCCAGUGCCCCCAGGGAGUAGAGACGCCAGACUGGAGGAUGCUUUGCUGAGUCUGGGCUCCGUCAUCCACAUUGCGGGCUUCCAGCGGGCUGUCAAGGAGGCCCUCUCGGCCGUGCUCCCCAAAGUGGAGACUGUCUACACCUACCUGCUGGAUGGGGAGUCCCGGCUGGUGUGUGAGGACCCCCCCCACGAGCUGCCCCAGGAGGGGAAAGUCCGAGAGGCUGUGCUGUCCCGGAAGCGGCUGGGCUGCAGCGGACUGUGCCCCGCGGACCUGCCGGGGAAGCCCUUGGCCAGGCUCGUGGCUCCACUGGCUCCUGACACACAAGUGCUGGUCAUGCCGCUGGUGGACAAGGAGGCUGGGGCUGUGGCAGCCGUCAUCUUGGUGCACUGUGGCCAGCUGAGUGACAGUGAAGAGUGGAGCCUGCAGGCGGUGGAGAAGCAUACCCUCGUGGCCCUGCGGAGGGUGCAGGCCCUGCAGCAGCGCGGGCCCGGCGCGGCCUCCGAAGCGGUCCAGAACCCCCCCGCGGGGGCGGCGGGAGACCAGAAGGGCGGCGUCGCGUACACCGACCAGGACCGGAAGAUCCUGCAGCUGUGCGGGGAACUCUACGACCUGGACGCCUCUUCCCUGCAGCUCAAGGUCCUCCAAUACCUGCAGCAGGAGACCCAGGCAUCUCGCUGCUGCCUCCUGCUGGUGUCCGAGGACAAUCUCCAGCUUUCCUGUAAGGUCAUUGGAGAUAAAGUGCUGGAGGAGGAAACCAGCUUUCCGUUGACGACAGGACGCCUGGGCCACGUGGUGGAAGAUAAGAAGUCUAUUCAGCUGAAAGAUCUCACCUCUGAGGAUGUGCAACAGCUGCAGAGCAUGUUGGGCUGUGAGCUGCAGGCCAUGCUCUGCGUCCCUGUCAUCAGCCGGGCCACUGACCAGGUGGUGGCCUUGGCCUGCGCCUUCAACAAGCUCGGAGGAGGCUUGUUCACGGACCAGGAUGAGCGCGUGAUCCAGCACUGCUUCCACUACACGAGCACGGUGCUCACCAGCACCCUGGCCUUCCAGAAGGAGCAAAAGCUCAAGUGUGAGUGCCAGGCUCUUCUCCAAGUGGCAAAGAACCUCUUCACUCACCUGGAUGAUGUCUCUGUCUUGCUCCAGGAGAUCAUCACAGAGGCCAGAAACCUCAGCAAUGCUGAGAUCUGCUCCGUGUUCCUGCUGGAUCAGAAUGAGCUGGUGGCCAAGGUGUUCGACGGGGGUGUGGUGGAUGACGAGAGCUACGAGAUCCGCAUCCCGGCUGACCAGGGCAUUGCGGGCCACGUGGCAACCACCGGCCAGAUCCUGAACAUCCCGGACGCGUACGCGCACCCGCUUUUCUACCGCGGCGUGGACGACAGCACCGGCUUCCGCACGCGCAACAUUCUCUGCUUUCCCAUCAAGAACGAGAACCAGGAGGUCAUCGGUGUGGCCGAGCUGGUGAACAAGAUUAACGGACCAUGGUUCAGCAAGUUCGACGAGGACUUGGCGACAGCCUUCUCCAUCUACUGUGGCAUCAGCAUAGCCCAUUCCCUCCUAUACAAGAAAGUGAAUGAGGCCCAGUAUCGCAGCCACCUAGCCAAUGAGAUGAUGAUGUACCACAUGAAGGUCUCUGAUGAUGAAUACACCAAACUCCUCUAUGACGGAAUCCAGCCUGUGGCCGCCAUUGACUCCAACUUUGCCAAUUUCACCUACACCCCUCGCUCUCUGCCCGAGGAUGACACUUCCAUGGCCAUUCUGAGCAUGCUGCAGGACAUGAAUUUCAUCAACAACUACAAAAUUGACUGCCCAACUCUGGCCCGGUUCUGCUUGAUGGUGAAGAAGGGCUACCGAGAUCCCCCCUACCACAACUGGAUGCAUGCCUUUUCUGUCUCCCACUUCUGCUACCUGCUCUACAAGAAUCUGGAGCUCUCCAACUACCUCGAGGACAUCGAGAUCUUCGCCUUGUUUAUUUCCUGCAUGUGUCAUGACCUGGACCACAGAGGCACAAACAACUCCUUCCAGGUGGCCUCGAAAUCGGUGCUGGCUGCGCUCUACAGCUCCGAAGGCUCUGUCAUGGAGAGACACCACUUCGCUCAGGCCAUCGCCAUCCUCAACACCCACGGUUGCAACAUCUUCGACCACUUCUCCCGGAAGGACUAUCAGCGUAUGCUGGACCUGAUGCGGGAUAUCAUCUUGGCCACCGACCUGGCCCAUCACCUCCGCAUCUUCAAAGACCUCCAGAAGAUGGCUGAAGUGGGUUAUGACCGAACCAACAAGCAGCACCAUAGCCUCCUCCUCUGCCUCCUUAUGACCUCCUGUGACCUCUCUGACCAGACCAAGGGCUGGAAGACUACCAGGAAGAUCGCAGAGCUGAUCUACAAAGAGUUCUUCUCCCAGGGAGACUUGGAGAAGGCCAUGGGCAACAGGCCGAUGGAGAUGAUGGACCGGGAGAAGGCCUAUAUCCCCGAGCUGCAGAUCAGCUUUAUGGAGCACAUCGCAAUGCCCAUCUACAAGCUGCUGCAGGACCUGUUCCCCAAGGCAGCAGAGCUGUACGAACGCGUGGCCUCUAACCGUGAGCACUGGACCAAGGUGUCUCACAAGUUCACCAUCCGCGGCCUCCCGAGCAACAACUCGCUGGACUUCCUGGACGAGGAGUACGAGAUGCCUGAGCUGGAUGGCACUGGGGCCCCCGUCAAUGGCUGUUGCAGCCUUGAUGCUGAAUGAGCCCCUCCCCGGGACCCUUCCCUGCCCAGGCCUCCUCCUCACAGCCCUCCACUGGACCACAGGUCCUAGGUUCUAAUCCAGGACUUACCGUGCCACCCUGGGCAAGCACUGACCUUCCCGGGCCUCAGCUUUCUUGUCUGUAUAAUGGAAGCAAGACUUCCAGCCUCACCAAGACUUUGUCAUUUGUCCUCCGAGAGCACAGGGGUGACUGAGGAGCAGUGGGCCCUGCUCUGCGCCCCUGACCACAUCUUGGCAAGUCCUCCGCAGCCACUCUUUCUUCUGAGGCAGCCUGGAUGGUUUCUCCUGGGCCACGUUCCUGCUCCACCAGAUCUGGCCCUCUUCCCUCUUCCCUCUUCCCUCUUCCCUCUUCCAGGGUCCUCCUGCAAGGAGGAGGUGGGACGUCUCAGUGAGCAGAGAGUGGCUCUUAGAAACAGUCAUUAGCUCUGCUGGAUGACCAGAAAUAGCCAUGAGGCCGAAGGUGCCCCUUAGGAUCGCCACUAUACUUAUGGUGGGCAUUGGAACCUGGGAAGCUGCCCGGGCCCCACACAAAAGCUGCCAGAGGGCUGGCUCAGUGCUCUGAGCAGAGGGGGCUCAGGAAGAAAGCAGGUUGGGAAUGGUGGGCAGAAGGAUCCCGGGGCUGGAAGACAGGCUCCAGUUGAGUCAAUAAUGCUUCCUCCUGGCUGUGUGACCCUGGGCAAGUGACUCCCCCUAUUUGGGUGAGACAGGAGAGUGAGACUAUCCAUUUUCUAAGACCCCUUUUAGAUCAAAGUCCCAUUGGCUCUGUGGAGUCCCAGGAGAAGCUGUGGAAUGUCCCUGCCACCCUAGGGCAGAGAGCCGACCCUGAGUCCUUCAGGGGCCCCCUGAGUGUCCCCCGCUCUUAGCCCAAGUCCCUUCCCCAUCCCUGCAGCCAGAGAGGGCUGCCUCAGCCCUAGCAGGGCUCCUAUCUUCUUCAAGGCCAUAUCUACCCGUGCCCUGGGGCUUGGAAGACCCCCAUAGGGCCGGGCCUCUUGGGUCAGCCCGGCUGCUGGCUUCUCCCUCCUCUGUGUUAUUCUGUAUGUGUUGUGGGGUGGGGGGAGGGGGGCCACCUGCCUUACCUAUUCUGAGUUGCCUUUAGAGAGAUGCGUUUUUCUAGGACUCUGUGCAACUGUUGUAUAUGGUCCCGUGGGCUGACCGCUUUGUACAUGAGAAUAAAUCUAUUUCUUUCUACCAA